GUGAGUGUUCGGUUUACCGUUGAGUGUAACUUGGUGCACACGAGUGCUUAUACGUAGUGGCGUUAAAUGUCUGCAUUGACAUACGCGGCACUGUGGAAAAACACGAAUAGAAAAUAUGGCAAGUUCGUCAAGACAUGAAACAAACAAAGUUUGUUGUUAUUCACAUCCAGAUGCACCACUGAUUGAAGAUUAUCGUGCAGGUGAUCAAAUUUGUUCGGAGUGUGGCUUAGUUGUAGGAGAUAGGGUAAUAGAUGUCGGUUCAGAGUGGAGAACGUUUAGUAAUGAAAAAGCGGGAGUUGACCCAUCUCGUGUGGGUGGACCAGAAAAUCCACUUCUUAAUGGUUCAGAUUUAUCCACCAUGAUUGGCCCUGGAACUGGUGCAGCAUCUUUUGAUGCUUUUGGUGCUUCAAAAUACCAGAAUAGACGUACAAUGAGCAGUUCUGACAGAGCACUGAUUAAUGCUUUUCGUGAAAUUAAUGGAAUGGCUGACCGCAUUAAUUUGCCCAAAACUAUUGUUGAUAGAGCUAAUAACUUAUUUAAACAAGUGCACGAUGGUAAAAACUUAAAAGGUCGUUCCAAUGAUGCAAUAGCUUCAGCUUGUUUGUACAUUGCCUGUAGACAAGAAGGUGUACCUCGUACUUUCAAAGAAAUUUGUGCAGUCAGUAAAAUCAGUAAAAAAGAAAUUGGAAGAUGUUUCAAACUGAUUCUAAAAGCACUUGAAACCAGCGUGGAUCUUAUCACUACAGGAGACUUUAUGUCCAGGUUUUGUUCUAAUUUGGGUCUUCCUAAUAUGGUGCAACGUGCUGCCACACAUAUUGCAAGAAAAGCAGUAGAAAUUGAUAUUGUACCUGGAAGGUCACCUAUUUCUGUAGCAGCUGCUGCGAUAUACAUGGCGUCACAGGCUUCGGAAGAUAAAAGAUCUCAAAAAGAAAUUGGUGAUAUUGCUGGUGUAGCUGAUGUCACAAUCAGACAGUCUUAUAAGUUAAUGUAUCCUCAUGCAGGGAAAUUGUUCCCAGAGGAUUUCAGAUUUGCGACUCCUAUCGAUCAGUUGCCGCAAAUGUAAAGUUAAUACAUGGCCUUCUAUUUUAAUGUAUAUUUUAUCACGUUGAAGCAAUAGUUAAUGUGUUUACAGUAAUCAUUUAUAAGUAAUCAAACCUUUCUCUACAGUAUACAUUCCUAAGUGAUCAAUUCAAUAUUGGUAUUAUUUAAUUUAUUAUGUAUUAAGUACAUUUUGUUUCUUUUUUUUCUGCUGUAUUUUGUUCCUACAAUAUUGGUAUUUGCAACAACUUGAUAAUUUAUCUGGUGUGGAUAAUUAAUAUUAAUAACGAUUAAGUUCACUUUUGCAAAUGUUUUAUGUAGUAUAUUAUCAUUGACAAAAAAUAG